AUGAAACCAGCGGCUCCUAUCAAAGAUUUGUGCGAACUAACCAAAUGGAAGCCAAAUCUAGAAAUUCUUGAACAGUUAAUUCCCUUGGCUGAAUGCAAAGUGCUUUUUGAUGAUUGUGGCAGAAGCUAUGAAACUCUACAAAAAUGCCCAACUAUUAUCUAUUGCCAUGAUAUGGCUGGGGGAUAUUUGGAUGCUGAUCGGGAGUUCGGGAUGACGGACGUUUUCCCAGCCUUUCGAUUUACACGAUGGCAUUUAAUUGACAUAUUCAUUUACUUCAGUCAUCAUUUCAUCACUUUGCCUCCAAUCACAUGGAUCAAUUUGGCUCACCGGUACGAUUCAGUGACGCGUUCAGGUAAACUAACCUACCAGAACGCAUUGACCGAAGAGAAUCAGGUAUUUUUGAAUACAGGGAUUGACGGAAUAUUUUUGAACUAUAACUGGAACGAUGAGUUACUCAGACUGUCUCAGGAAAAACAGAAACGUCGACCCGAUCGCCCACUGUCCGUGGCCUUGUUCGCUCCAGGUUGGCCUUUUGAAAAUUGUGACCUCUCGUCAGCUAAUGGCGACCAGUGCAAAUCGCUCAGUUUGAUCGCGGAUUGGGACGACCGGUUCUGGACUCCGUUGACCGCUCUUUUACCACUAAUUCGUAAUCUGAGCACAAGUUGUCUUGGGUUGCAUCGUCCCACAGUGCUCAUUUUACCCGUUAUUUGCGAAUCCAGAAAUUAUCAAUCAGGAUUUAUCCUAGAAACGACCUGUUGUACUGGACAGGGCGCGUUCAUCUCAUCCGGCCGGCCGGGUAGUUGUAUGCGUAUGCAACAACUUAUGCCAACAUGCCGAGAUUUGAGCCCAGAAAUAUUCGUCUCAGGUGGAACUAAUGCGGGCACCAUGCGAUCUUUUCAGACUCUCCAUCACGCUUGCUGUGGACCGAUCGCUCCGUAUGGAACGUGUCUUUUACUCCGGCGAAUCCCCCUAAAUAGACCAUUCUUUGGUCCGCGACUUGUCGAAUUGUUCAGCUUCGCACCGACCGCGAACGUCUCUAAUGGGUCUAUCCUAGAAUUGACUAUCAGCUUGGGUUGUUGUUCCCCUGCGACCACAACCAAGUUACAACCUAUCAAAAAGUUGCUUCGUGUCCUCGGUCUGGCCUUGUUUGUCGAUUGGUGCGUUUCAGCAGUACCAGGUGGACGGCGAUCGCAGUCGGUUUGUGAAACCAUAUGUCGACGUGACAGCAUACCGUUUGAACAAGGUACGCGCGGAUUGUUCUCAUAA